UAACCGGAUGCGGAACUGUUUAUGAAAGCUAUCGAGAUACGUUGACAGUGACCGGGACUGUCUGGAAUAAUGACUUGAAACUGCUUGAAGUAUCGGAUUCAGGAAAAAUAACAACAACAAACAAGGAAAAGGGAUGACACAGUGACUGUAUCGGGAAUAAUAAUAUUAAUAAUAAUAAUAAUGGUGGAUGGCAGUCCGGUUCAAACCGGAAGCAUGUCCGCUUCACUCUCCUACACUGACAACCUCAUCGGUACAUUGCUGGCUAUUAUCGGGAAUUUGCUCAUCAGCAUCUCCGUGAACAUACAGAAACAAAGCCACGUGGUGUUGGCAGGAACUAAGGAUCCGAGGCCAUAUUACUGCACAAAGACGUGGUGGUGCGGUCUGGUGUUGCUGCUGAUCGGAGAAGGAUCCCUGUUUGCGUCCUACGCCUUCGCUCCGCUCGCUCUCAUCGCCCCCCUCAGCGCUGUGUCUCUUAUAGGCAACUGUAUUUUAGGAUUUCUGUAUCUGAGAGAAAAAUGGAAGCCGAAGGAGUUUCUGAAGCGCUACAUUUUAUCGUUCCUCGGCUGUGCCUUGACUAUAGCAGGCACGUACCUCUUUGUCACGUUCGGGCCAAACUCUCACGAGCAACUGAACGCCGAAAACAUCGUCAAGCACCUGAUUGGCUGGCCAGUCCUCCUGUACCUGCUACUAGAGAUCAUCACGUUCUGUCUGGUGCUGUAUUUUUACAAACACCACCACGCAAACUUCCUGGUGCUCAUCCUGCUGCUAGUGGCACUGCUGGGCUCAGUGACGGUCAUCACAGUGAAGGCGGUUGCAGGAAUGGUGGUUCUCAGCAUUCAGGGCUCUCUCCAGCUCAGUUAUCCCAUCUUCUACGUCAUGUUUGUCUGCAUGGUGGCCACCAUCGUCUUUCAGGCAUCAUUUCUAGCUCAGGCAUCCCGUUUGUACGAUUCCUCCCUCAUCGCCUGCGUUAACUACAUCUUCUCUACCGUGUUUGCUGUUGGUGCAGGGGCCAUAUUUUACCUGGAGUUCAACCAUGAGGAUGUUCUGCACAUCUGCAUGUUUUUAUUAGGAUGCGCUGUGUGCUUCCUCGGCGUCUUCCUCAUCACCAAAAACAAGAAGAAAGCCAAACCGUUUGAGCCGUACGUGACCAUGGACAUGGUGAAAGGUAUUCCAACGAUCCAUGAAAAAGGCUGGCCUGUUCAGCCGGAUUAUAACGGCUCUUUCUCCUACGGCACCCUGAACAAUGAUAGCAUCGCACCUGCAACUCUCCCAGUGGUGCAUCAGGAUACGUCUGUAUCUCCCAGCACGGGUCACCCGUACCCGGCAGACGAGAUCAAAAAAGACUAGUACAACCUCUGACACCUGAAACAGGAGCUGAGAUGAAAAAAGCUGCAUCUGACCUUGUUACUCACUUCAAGCUUUCAGUUCUAUAGAAUACUGAAUGACUUGCUGGUCCAGGAAAACUGAAUCACAACAAUUCCAGAAGAUUCUGCAGCAGCUCCACGCCUUUAAAGACAUUUCCAGAGAUGUGAGGAAACUCUAAAGCAUCCCAGCUGGUCAAAACCCAGAUCCAGAAAGACUGAAAUCUUCAUUCCACCCUGCUGUUACUCUUAAACUGUGCUGGUGUUUGUGUGCUUUUCCACGGUAACACACUACUUUACUGCUAUUGCAAUAACAGCCAAAGAAAAUUCAUAAUAACUUCAUAAUAUAAUGAAGAUUGUGCUGAGAGUGUAUGAUUCUCAUCCAUAAUAAUUAUAUUAUAUAUUAUAAUAUAAUACAAAGAUGCCUUAGAACAAAAUUUGUCGUUUCUAAUAUUGCCGUUCAAGUAGCAGGCAGCAACCAGUUUGACUCUGUGCUUGGAUUUCUUUCUGUAUGGGGUUUCGCAUGUUCUUCUCUCCAAGUUCUCAUCCAGGUUCUUCGGGUUUCCUUCCAUCUCCCAACAAACUGCCUGUAGCUCAAAUCAUCAAAUCACCAGCUCCAGGCGUGAAUGUGUAUAUACGGUGCCCUGUAAUAGACGGGCAUCCGUUUCAGGCUGGUGACAUUUUUCUGGCCCGGAAAUUAGCUCUGCAUCGAGUCUAUACAGAGCUCCUUAUCCCUGUCAGGCAGUUUUAAAGCACAGGAUGGCUGAGAGUCGGCUGAGAGGAAAGAGGAAACUCAUUAAGCCUUAUAAAUGACAUACUGCUAUUUCAAGAGGAAUAAUUCAGCAGUGCUUUAUUCAGUGUAUUUUAGUGGAUCUGUCUCCACCACCAUGCCUUCAUUCCUUAUCCUAACGCUAUGCAUCCAUCUCUACUCUCGCUGCAGCAUCAGUGUCCUCUUGUCAGUAUAAUCACAUACGUGCAUGCAUCUAGAGGAAUGUAGCUCAUUCUAGAUUGGCAGGAUUUAAGGUUUUGGUGUAGAAUUUGCAGUAUAUUGCACAAAGUUGAUUCAGAAUGGGUGUGUGUUGGGAUCAGGACGUUAGCUAUGUGUAGAUGAUCCAACAAUUUGCACACGUGUAAACAAUCAGCUUUACUCAUUCACACUCCAGUUCUGUGUCUAACUUUUGCAUCCAUCUCUGUUUUUUUGUUCUUUCGUGAUUUGGGUGUAGUGUCAUGCAGGUUCUCUCUGCUCCAUAUAACAGCUCUUGGGAUCCAAACUAUAUUUCUGUACGACAGACUCCAGCAUUUUAAUUUUUUUUUUAUUUAUUUAAUUCACAUGGGUUUAUGAUGAUUCCAAGUUGUUGUGUUGACGGUGGAAAUCCCAUCAGCCCAGCUAGUCUUUAGACACUGUGAUUAACCAUGUUGCUUAUGUGAAGAUCACAUGGUAUCGGUUUUGCCUUACUUGUAUGUUGCAUUAACUGUAAAUCAUUUAAAUUGACAAAUGGGAUAAUUAUCAUUAACUGGUUGUAAAGCUUUGCUAAUGGAAUACAUUAUGUAAACAUGAAUAGCUAGCUGGACAACGGUGCCAUAAAAUAAGGUAUUAAAUAUAGCACAAUGACUUGUUUUAUUGUUGGAAUAGCUACCACAACUAGCUAAAUAGCUUUCUAGCUUAUUACUGAUUAAGUAUUAAGUAAAAUAAGGUAUUUAGAAAUUUUCCAGAAAAUGGAAGCAAGUCUUGAGCAUAAAACUGUCUGAAUUUCAGCUGUUUGUGAAAGUUACUGCUUUUCCUAAUCAACCUCAUUUUAACUCUCGUUACUGUUAUUCACUAUGAAUCUGAAUAACGUGUCUUCCUACCAAUGACAUAAGCGUUCACAAAUGUCUUUAUGAAGGUAUAAAUGUGUUAUGAAUGAUUUAUGAAACUCAUUAGCACUGACCUUACACUGAAGUUUGAUCAGUCGAGGAUCUCAGCUCUCAGAUGUUUAUUAGCCCUCGUUGCUUUAAAAGCUUUACACUGGCAUUGGCCCUAGUGCCUCUGGUGUGAGCCGGUGGAGAAUUCAGUUCAUCAUUUGUACUACUGAUAAUUUAUUUCCAUAUUGUGGUCACUUAAUUUCUGAAGGUAAACUUGUAGCUCUCUCUCUCUCUUGCGGAAGGAAGUUAAUUUAUUGAUUAUUUCGUUUGUGUAAAAAGAUUAGAAAUCAUCAAACUGUCUUCAUUUAUAAUUUGUCCAAAGAAAUCAUCAGUGUCUGGACCAAAGGGAAAAUUUAUACUUGUGUGGAAGAUGUAUGUCAGACUGAUGUUUUUUCAGGGUAACACUAAUUAAUCUUGAUUUCAAAUCAAUAAAAGAAACUGAAUACUGCUUCGAUAUGUUGUUGAAGUAAUGAGAAUUCAACUUUGUUGGACUUGUAAAUGGUACUUUUUGAUUUCAGCUUGAUUUCUUCAGUGUGAAUUUGGGCAUUAAACUCUUUACCCUGUA